AUGGGGAGGAAGCGGGACAGAGCGGCGGCGAGGGAGCGCGUUAGGGUUGGGACGAUGGAGGAGGUGAAGAAGGUGGCGGUGGAAUUUUCGGGCGGGAGGGGAUAGAAGAGGAGGCGCUCGACGGGCGGGAAGAUGGACCAGGUGAAGUCGAAGCAGGUGAGCGGGAAAGUGACAUCGUCGGAGCGCGGUGGCACGUCGGUGAAGGACGGGGAGAUGUGGUGGAGAUGUAAUAGGGUGAUUGGGUUUGGGGAUUCAGCUUUUCCCAUUAUCAGGUUACUGCUCUAUAUUUCUGAAGAUUUCAAGUUUGACAACUCCAACGACACAGAAUCGCAGACCAGUACGGUUUGCCAUCUGCAUUUUCAUGGACGUUACAGCUUGGAAGAAGAAAAGAAAACAACGCCCGGCGAGCCGCAUCAUUUGAAGCCCAAUACGCCCGAGGAGGAAAAUGGUAGGGAUUGUUAGGCACUAGCGGAAACAUAGCAGAAUUAAGAAUCAAAUUCAGAGAAAUUUUAUUAUCACUCAAAUCAGUAGCGGAGGGAGAGCUUAAGUACUGGUGUCCCAGGAUUCCACUUGAAAAUCUCGGUAGCAAAAAAAUUCAUUAUGCAUGUGGGUUUUAAUGUGGGCUUAAGAUUUAGGACCCAUUACAAUUUUUAUUUAUUUAUUUAUUCUAUA